AGUAAAGUUAGAAGACAGAGGACUUCCUGAGAAUUUGAUAGUAAGCAAUGGUGGCAACUUUCCUAGCCCAUCUAGAAAGGCAAAGAAGCGGACCUCUAAGUUGGUGGAGGACGAAGAGAUGGAAGUGGGUUACAAGUCCUCGAACAAGCGCUGGAAGAAGCAAGAGGACAGCAGCCGGAAUGAGAAGGCCUUGGGCCUGGGAAUAAAACCCAUCCCAGAUGAGAUGGGGAAGACAAAGAGCAAGAGAAAAAGCAAAGUGACGGGCAGCCCAGCCGAGGAGCAGGAGGAGGAGGAGGAGGAAGAGGUGGAGGAAGAGGAAGAGACCAAAAAGAAGUCUCCAAAAAGAAAGGAGAAAUGUGAACAGAAGAAGCAGACCAAGGCCUCCAAGUCUCCCAAACCACAGGCACCUAAAGAGUGGAGCUCACAGAACUGCAGCUUCCCCAGGGGCUCGCCCAGAAGCAGCUUUGCUAAAGCCCGGAAGAAAAGCAACAGGAGGUCGAAAGGUGGCUCAGGCUACCUGUCGGGAUCCGAGUCCCAUCCAGAGUCAUUCAGCAACGGCAACUGCAGGGUCACGAUGCAGGAGGUCAGUUUUUCAGAGAAACUCUCAGCUGAGCUCUUGAAAGAUGGACCCGCUACCAAAGCUGCAGCUGCCAACAGACAGGCCUCAAAGCCUGCCUUUGCCUUGAGCUCCAGCAAGGCCAAGGCCCCCAGUACUUCGUCAUCCAGCUCAGACUCUAGUUCAGAGUCAGAAGACCAGUUUGUGGUGUCCAAGAAGGUGCCCGAGGGCAUCUCCGACUUCUUGAAGACAGCAGACCUCUUUGCAGAGCAAGGGUGCCUGGGUCCAGGGCUGUCGUUGCAGACCCCGGGGAGCAGAGGCCGACAGGCCCCUGGUCCUCCUUCCGGUGUGCCCGUGCCCACCAGUUUGGGGAGAGGAUGGGGGAGAGGAGAGGACUUCUUGUUUGGGAAGGGACUGAGGGGCCGGGGCGUACGGGGCCGAGGCCGAAGCCGAGGGCAUGCUCUCUCCUGUAUCUUAAAUAGAAGCUGUGAGAGCCAGAGGCAGAAACAAUUAAAUGACAUUCUAACCAACUCCUCCACGGUGAUCCAGAAUCCAGUAGAGGCCCACAAGAAGGACUAUAGUCUGUUACCACUGUUGGCAGCCGCCCCUCAAGUUGGAGAAAAGAUUGCAUUUAAGCUUUUGGAACUCACAUCGGACUACUCUCCUGAUGUCUCUGACUACAAG